ACAGCAACACAUUCCCAGCGCCACAGCAGAGCCCAGAACUGGAAGUGUGAUUCAGCUAAGUGCACGAGAGCGUUGUACCUGGUUAAACGAGCCGAGGACGCUGUCGGUGAGGGUAAAGGUCGAAUACGAAGAGAAAAGAGUGCAGUCGCCGAAAGGAACGAAAGAAACACCAUUUAAAGUGAGUUCAUAAAAACAACAGAGGAUUCAAAGUGGACACGAGACGUGAGUGGGACCGUGGCAGAUGUAAGAUGCCAUCGACAAAUCUGGAUUAAACUGCUGGGAUGUUAAGAGAAUGAUGAAAAUAUCUACACAGGUGACUUUAGAGCCGCCAGGAAUGGCUUGAUUUCUCAUACCGAGAGAGCGGUGGGACAACGCUGUCAGAGGAACACAUGUUUCUGUGGAAGGGAAACAAAGUUUGCUGCACUUCACUCGGAUACAAGUCUACUUUGUGAGAGGCAUUACUGCUGUGACUUUUUUCUUAUCCAAGUGGAAGAGCCCGUCAGGUUCGGUGACGGCUCAUAACUGUUCACAAUGUCCAAACCCGUGCUAAAGAAAAACCACUGGACCUUCAGAGUGAACGAAUGUUCCGUCUCUAAAGAUGCCCGUGGCGACUUGAAUGUGCCACUGCGCGGCGGAGCGGAGAACGGGGAGUUCGCCUACAUCGGGCAAGUUAACGAGGAUGUCGUGGUUUACAAAAUUGGAAAACUAAAUGAAGGAGAACUGCUGCUAGAGGUGGAGAAUCUCUCUAUUUCAGGAUUACCCUUGUACGACGUACACACAGUGAUAAAGAACUGCAAAGGUCCCGUCAGGUUGAAAACUGUCAGGCAAGGAAGUAAGCUGAACAAGGACCUGAAGCAUUAUCUGAGCCAGCGCUUCCAGAAAUCCUCGCCUGACCACGAUCUGCAACAGACUAUCCGAGACAACCUCUACCGUCACGCCGUGCCUUGUACAACCCGUACCCCACGUGAAGGUGAAGUUUCUGGCGUGGACUACAACUUCCUCUCAGUGGAGGACUUCCUGAAGUUGGAGAAGAGUGGGACCCUGUUGGAGAUAGGAACGUAUGACGGUAACUAUUAUGGGACACCCAAGCCACCGGUGCAGCCCCCCGGUGGGAAAGUGAUUAGCAGUAGCGGCGGUGAUGCCCCACUGUCAGACGGGCUCAGCGGUUGCCUGCCGGGCUCGCAGAACUCUACUCCCAGACGCGCCAAGUCCUACAAUGACAUGCAAAAUGCUGGAAUAGGGCCUGGAGAGCAGCAGCAGGUGGACGACGAGGACCUUCCUGACAUGAACAGUAGCUUUACAGGAGAUUCUAGUGAAUUCGACGAAAUUCAACCCUUCGCCCCCCACAAGAGUGACCCGCCCUACGUUGGGAGAACCCCCUCACCAUCGGCCACCACGGAGAGCACUCAGCAGUCACACUCUCACCUGAGCCAUCCUCCCCCCGAGGACCCGCUGGGACCUCUGCCUGACAACUGGGAGAUGGCCUACACCGAGAACGGAGAGGUCUACUUUAUAGACCACAAUACAAAGACCACCUCCUGGAUAGACCCUCGGUGCAUGGACAAGCCACAGAAACCCCUGGAAGAAUGUGAAGACGAUGAAGGGGUACACACGGAGGAGCUGGACAAUGACCUCGAACUUCCACCAGGAUGGGAGAAAAUAGACGAUCCAGUGUAUGGGGUCUACUAUGUUGAUCAUAUCAACAGGAAGACCCAGUAUGAGAAUCCAAUGUUGGAGGCUAAGAGGCGCAGGCAGCUGGAACAGCAGCAGCCUCAGCCCCAAAGCCAGCAGCCACCUGAAGGUGAGCGCUACAUCCGAGAAUGGAUCGAGGACUCUGUGUUAGCAGGGGCCCCACUGGCCAGCUAUGCUGCCAACCAGGAGACCUACAGGGAUCCUCAGAGAGGUCCUCCAGUGCCCAACGCAAUGGGGCAAAAACGGGGGAAGCCUUUCUUUACUCGGAACCGAUCUGAGCUGAAAGGGACUUUCAUUAAUACCAAGCUGAAAAAGAGUCGUCGGGGGUUCGGUUUCACUGUUGUUGGAGGCGACGAGCCAGACGAGUUCCUGCAGAUCAAGAGCCUGGUCCUGGAUGGACCUGCUGCCCUCGAUGGCAAAAUGGAGACAGGUGAUGUGAUCGUGAGCGUCAACGAUACAUGUGUGCUAGGAUACACGCAUGCCCAAGUUGUAAAGAUCUUCCAGUCCAUCCCAAUUGGCUCUAUGGUCAACUUGGAGUUGUGCCGUGGCUACCCACUGCCCUUUGACCCCGAUGACCCAAACACUAGCCUUGUAACCUCAGUGGCCAUUCUUGAAAACAAGGAGCCCAUCAUUGUCAACGGCCAGGAAGCCUCCAACAGCUACGACUCGCCGUCCAGCCACGGCAGUCAGAACACCAACAACGGCUCGACCAACGGAGGAGCACCCAUCAACGGCCUACCCCGACCCCACAGCCCCUCUGCAGAGGUGGCCUCCGAUACCUCUUCCCAGCACGGCUACCCCAGUGACGUGGUCACCCUGGCCUCAUCUAUUGCAACACAACCGGAGCUCAUCACUGUACACAUGGAGAAAGGGGAUAAGGGCUUCGGCUUCACCAUCGCCGACAGUCCUGGAGGUGGAGGGCAGAGAGUGAAGCAGAUUGUCGACUACCCACGCUGCCGCGGCCUCAAAGAAGGUGACAUCAUCGUGGAGGUGAACAAGAGAAAUGUACAGAGCAUGUCCCACAACCAGGUGGUCGACCUCCUCAGCAAGUGUCCCAAAGGCAGCGAGGUCACCAUGCUGGUGCAGAGAGGUGUGGCACCUGCAAAGAAGAGCCCAAAACUGGAUGGUUUUGAGCAGUCUCCUCCAUACAGAGAUUACACUAGGAGGCAAUUGUCGAGAAAGGACAGCCAGAGCAGCUCCCAGCAUAGCGUUUCCAGCCACCGGAGCACCCACACAGACUCUCCUGUGCACACGUCCCUGGCACCCCCUCUCAGUGAGAGCAUCGCUCCCCCACCCCCCUCUCAGCCCCUGCCAGGCCUGCCGCCCCAGGACUCCCCAGCAGACGGGACCAUCCAAAGAAAACCGGACCCCUUUAAGAUCUGGGCCCAGUCCAGGAGCAUGUAUGAAAGUAGGCUUCCAGACUUCCAGGAGCAGGACAUUUUUCUGUGGAGGAAAGACACAGGUUUUGGCUUCAGGAUCCUAGGAGGCAACGAGCCAGGAGAGCCGAUCUACAUUGGCCACAUAGUGAAGUAUGGUGCAGCAGACGAGGACGGACGCCUGCGGUCCGGGGAUGAACUGGUAUGCGUGGACGGCACAGCAGUGGUGGGCAAGUCCCACCAACUUGUAGUGCAACUGAUGCAACAGGCUGCCAAGCAGGGCCACGUCAACCUCACUGUGCGACGCAAAACCAACUACACCGUUAAAGCCGAGGGAGACGUGCCCCCAUCGCCGGCGUCCUCCCACCACAGCAGCACCCAGGCGCCCAGCUUGAUGGAGGAGAUGGGGAAGCGCACCCCACAGGGCAGCCAAAACUCCCUAAAUACUGUGAGCUCUGGCAGCGGCUCCACCUCCGGCAUCGGCAGCGGGGGAGGGGGUGGAGGGGCAGGAGGCAGCGGUAACGCUGUGGUCGCUGUGGCAGUCGCCACCACCUCCUCUCAGCCCCCCAACGUCAUCUCCAACGCCCCCUCCGCCUUGCAGCCCUAUGACGUAGAGAUCCGCCGCGGCGAGAACGAAGGAUUCGGUUUCGUCAUUGUCUCUUCGGUGUCACGGCCUGAAGCUGGCACCACUUUCGCUGGAAAUGCAUGUGUGGCCAUGCCCCACAAAAUAGGGCGCAUCAUCGAAGGGAGCCCAGCAGACCGCUGCGGGAAGCUGAAAGUUGGCGACCGCAUCCUAGCUGUGAACGGGUGCUCCAUCACCAACAAGUCCCACUCCGACAUCGUCAACCUCAUCAAGGAGGCCGGGAACACCGUCACACUACGCAUCAUUCCUGGAGACGAGUCAUCAAAUGCAUCUUUGUUGACCAAUGCGGAGAAGAUCGCCACUAUAACCACCACUCACACACCUCAGCAACAGGCUGCACCUGAGGCUAGGAACAACACCAAACCAAAACAGGAAUCCUUUGAAUUUAAAGCACCACAAGGCCCUCCUCCCCAACCCCCUACACAAGUCUCAGCUCAGGAUUCUGAGUUCUACUCAGUAGACCUGGACCGAGACAACAAAGGCUUUGGCUUCAGCCUGCGGGGAGGCAGAGAAUACAACAUGGAUCUGUACGUGCUGAGGCUAGCUGAGGACGGAGCGGCCGUCCGCAACGGAAAUAUGAGGGUCGGCGAUGAAAUCUUGGAGAUCAACGGCGAGAGCACCAAGGGCAUGAAGCAUGCACGAGCCAUCGAGCUCAUCAAGAGUGGAGGCCGGCGUGUCCAUCUGGUGCUGAAGAGGGGUGAUGGCUCUGUGCCUGAAUAUGACGGCAGCCCCAACGACAUCAGCCCAGCCAACCCAGCCUCAGGGUUACAAAACGCUGCGGAAGUGAGCACCCUGCCCCCCACCAACACGCCAUCGGAAUCAAACUACCCACCGGAACCCCAACAACCAUCCCGGAGCAAGAAGGAGCCAACCCGCCACUCUACCGGCACUGGCAAGCACCACCAUUCCAACCACCGCUCCCCCAACAAGAGAACCAGCACGGGAAGACACAGGGGGAAGACGUCCACGGAGAAGGCUGUGUCCAAGAAGGAUGUCAGAGGAAGGGACGGCCACCGCCACCAUUCUAGCGGGCACCACCAUAGCCGCCACCGUUCACCUAACAAGGGGCACGGCCGGUCGCGCAGUGCAGAAAACACCCUGGAUAGCCGCCACAGGGGACACCGCAAUGGCCGCUCCCCGGACAGAAGCAAAGGUCACUCCUCCACACAUCGCCACCACCGGUCCCCAUACCGCUCGCCACACCCGCAUAGGUCCCCCCGCCCCUCUCGGCACCACUCCCCUGCCAGACGCCACGCCCAUUCACCAGAGCCCUACCGCCGGUACGCCUCCCCAGAGAGACAGGGCCACAGCAACGAGAAGCCCAACGGGGGCAGUGCUGUAUUGAAGGAGCCACCCAAGACUUCUGAAUUCAGCUUCCCUCUUGAGGACAGCGUCCUCCGCGAGCCCCCAGCCCUGGACCGCCUGAACAGAGAGGCCACGCUACCACCGCUGCUCAGGGAGGAGCGCCUGUACGGGGAGGACAGCCUGCUUUUGAAAGCCUCCUCCAUGGAUAAAGCCUACAGGGGGGACAGACUGUUAAUGGAUUUGGCAUCCCGUGGCCAGAGAGACGCCUUCAGGGACAACACCUUGCCCAGAGUGCGCACCCCCGACUCAGAUUCAGGCUACAAGAGGUACAGCUCGCUGCUGAGGGGGCGCUCACCUGAGAGGACGGAGAAGGAUGGGCGCUACGCCAGCCGAGGCAGUACCCCCGAGCCGCAAUACCGAGCUCGCAGCCUGGGACGAGACAUCUCCCCAUUGAGGAGUUUCAGAAGGGACGACUCGGAGGACGAAGAGGAUGAUGACAUUUUUGUGGCGGCUAAGGUGAGAGAGUACUACAGCACGCUCAAGAGCAACACCAGUCGCUCAUCUGCCCUCCCUGAGCCCAAGAGGACCUACAAGGACAGCCCCAAAGACCUGAGCAUCUGAAUGGACAGCUGUCAGCCAAUCACAGCCACUACCCACAAACACCUCAAGUACUCACUCACAUUACCACUUGGUUCUACAGAAAUGCAACCACACACGCAGAUACACACACCAGACAACACACAUGCACUCAUGCACACACACUAUGUAACAAUGUUGAGUUUCUAACAAGACAGUGAUUCCAAAAUGACUUUUGAAAGCUGUUUUCUUCCUUUUUUUAAAAAUGUAUGUUAUUUUUUUCCUCUUUUUUUUUUUGGUUCUUGUUUUUGGUUAAGCAUUCUACAUUUACAGUAACUCCGACUUUUCCAGAAAAUAUAAAACCAUAAAAAACAAUGAUGUGCCUAACAGUUCCAUUAACAAGCAACAGUUUGCUUUUGAUUUGAUAUGUGACGGGCAUUUUGUGCCGCACUGUCAGAUGAUGAAAUGUAUGUACUUUUCCACGAGGAUCCCAUGGAAGUACCACGCACCUGGAUCACUGUAACCGGUGCUCACAAUGAUGCUGUGCAUGUCUUACCGGUUUCAAUGUCUCUUUUUCUCUCUCUCUCUCUCUCUCUCUCUCUCUCUCUCUCUCUCUCUCUCUCUCUCUCUCUCUCUCUCUCUCUCUUUCUGUCUGUCUCUCUCUCUCUCUCUCUCACUUUUACUCUCCCCCCAGUGCCACCGUUUUUUAGACAUUUGACCAGACUAUAGCACAAGCCUGCAUUUGUUUGUAUAUUUUUGACAGUUUGCAGUAUGUGUACAUUCAGAGGUGAUCAUUUUAAAUGAAUGAAGGGAACAUUAAAAGUUAAACUAUGAUGCUGAUGAUUAUGUUAAAAUAAAAUAAUAUAUUCAACGAAUAAA